GGCUGUGAUUGGGUCAGUCAAGUCACGUCCACCACACCACGUCGCGCGCUCGACUCCCAACCUCGCAUCCCCCACGAACAAGAUUCUCCGCAUUCAUGCAAGUCUGCGCAGGAGAAACAUUGUUUCACUGGCCAGGAUGCUCUCCCGCAUGCGACACAUGGCUACCCAGCCAGUCAUGUCCCGACACACGGUCGAGACGCGGCAUAUAUGUGUACAUUGACUGCAAGCUCUCAACCACUAGUUGGUGUCCUAGCAGAUGGGCAUCGUGGCGAGGCCAAAGAAUACCAUGAUGGAGAGGGAGAGGAUGGGAUAUAUCAGCCUUGCGGCCUGAGUUUUUGGGACCUGCAGAUGUCAAACUUAUUGUUCCCGGUCAGACUGCUAGCACUGCACACAACCAAGUCCAUUCUCGCGUCUCUUGACAUCAAACGUUCCACCUCAAGCUCUUUAAACCACCACCACGAAAUGCAGUCAUGGUCUCCAACACUGAGUCUCAACUUUCAGCGUUGCUGAGAAGCCCGCGCUUCAAAGAGGCGUUUCUGCCAUGCCUUUCGCCAUCAGACCUCUGCGCCCUGAGGACGACCUCAAAGACAAACUCGGCCCUGCUUACAAAGGAUAUCUUCACCAGAGUCCACGUCUCCUUCACGGCCCAUUCAUUCACAAAACAAUCCCGCCUCAACGCUCUGGCCAGAAUAGGCGGCCAUGUUGAACACCUCACGUUCCAUUUUCCGCACUCUGAGGCCACCUUCCUCCCUCCGCUCAUCCACCCUCAAAGCGGCAAGGAGAUUCACUUUCUAUACACGCCACACACGAGCAUGACCUCGUGCCUAACCCGUCCCAAGUACGCCAACUCGGAAUUGGGUGACAUCCUCACAGCCCAAUACCCACCCCUCUUCCACUCGGCAACCAAUGUCCCGUCCUUCAUCCAUGCACUCAAAGUCCUGCCCAACAUGCGCCAUCUCACGGUGAGGUGCCCAGGGCAGGACAAGCGAGAGCGCUACAGGAGGAACAUUGUGGACUACGCGCUCAUCUCCCUGCGCAUCGCCAUUGAGCGUGCGCCUCUGGAGAAGCUCCACAAGCUGAGCUUGUCGAGUCUGCAUCCAUCAGCACUAAACUACCUCCGCCAUGUCCCUGGCUUUGGGUCGUUACCCUCAAGCGGGAGGAGAUGGCGCCAGAUCACGAAGCUCAACAUGUCCAUGGAAGCAUGGGAGUUCCACUCCUCUAGUCCCGGCUUGGACCAUCUGAAGAUCCUGGACGACUACAUCCGUCACCUUGCUCCUCAGUUGGAGAAGCUCAGCUUCACAUGGCUCGGACCCAAAGGCCCUUGUCCCAUUGCUUUGAGCGCGGACCCGCUCUUUGCCUCGGCCAAAUCGUUCAAGAAGCUGUUCCACGAGGUUACGAGUCCCAUGUCGCCUCUCCCAGCACGACCGACCAGGAAGGACAUGUUCUUCCCUAAACUCAAAUACCUUCAGAUCAGGAACGCCAGCAUGCAAGCAGAGAAGCUCAGGGACGUCAUUGAAAGACAUCGCGACAAUGUGCGCGAGUUCGACUUUAGAGAAGUUGUCCUCCUCAAUAAGGGGGAUUGGGAUGACGCCUUGAGCCCCUUGGAGGAUGGAUGGUCCAGGCGCUCCAUGAGCGUGCACAGUUCCGAAAGGAGCGGCUACACGGAAAGCACCGUGGUGGACGAUGACUACAGUGAUCUUCCCAGCCCCAGCGCGGCCGUGGAAGCCGCCAGUCGUGAGUUGAUGGACAUUGCUGGCUUCAGUGAUGAGGAGAGGAGUACACUAUCGUUUGGUACUACGGCAUCUGACAUGGAACCCGUGAGAGAGGAGGGAGAGGAGACGGAAGGCGUGUCGACGAACGUGAGGCGCAGGAGAAGACGCAGACGCAGGCACCACGUCGAAGAGGAGGAAACCAUCCACCGCUCCAAGAUCUCCCUCUCUUCACUUUCAUUCAGGAGCAAGUCCUCGCAACCCAAGCUGAGACCCUCGCAAUCGUCUCUCAAAUCCCAGAAACCACGUCACCAGCCUAGCGAAGCCUCGCUGCAGUCAGUACGGCCUCGACCACCGAGCCCAAUUGUGGACACGGCCAUCACCCUGCCCAUACUGAACAACGGAUCGCAACCUGUGCUCCUGCAACCGACAGUGUACAAUCCUGCAGCGCCGGGAGAAGAGGACAUAUCCCCUGUUCAACGAAACAUGGAGCAAGAAGCACAGCACGCAUUGCUCGCGCAAGAUGCAUCGGCCCGCUGCUCUGCUUUACGAAAGGCCAAAGCUGCCGUGCUACAGAAGCUGUCCCGCGAAUUCUGCGCCAACGCAGCAAAGAGGACGUACGGGGGAGGCAGCGCGGUGGCAGCGUGCAGGAUGAUGACCAACCAUAAUGAGCCUCGGUCUUGUGCUGUCGAGGUCCUCGAAGACCGGAGGGGUCUCGAUCGAGGCGGGAGCAUCAUGGUGCCCUUGAUGUUCAGCCGGGCAUGAGGAACGCUUACCAGCCCUGGUGAUGAUGAGGAUCAUGUAUUCACUCUUUACGAUUUUUCUUGUACACGACCUUAUGACCUUUUAAUGAAACAUUCUUUACGAACGA